AUGGCAAGAGGUAAUCAAAGAGAUUUGGCAAGAGCCAAGAAUUUGAAGAAACAAAAGGAACAAGGAAAGAGCCAAAAGAAAGAUGGUGAUCCAAAGAAGAGAAUGGAAUCCGAUGCAGACAUCUUGAGAAAGAAGCAAGAAGCAGCCAAUGCUAGAAAGGAAGCUGAGAGCUUGGAGAAGUUGAAAGCUAAUAGAGAAAAAAGGUGA